AUGAGGGUAGAUAGAGGAGUGUACACUUUAAGAGGAUGGUUAGCUUUUGUGGCCUUUUUAGAUUUUGCUCAAGCUCUUCGUUCUUGGCUCGACAAGGACGUAUUCUUGGGGUCUUAUUACAGCAAUCAAAAUUUCUCUAUCAGCAAUGAAGACAAUCAAAGAUUACCUGUACCAUCUUCAACUGCAAGGCUCUUAAUAGUGUACUCAGUUCAAAAUGGAAGCAUUCUUUUACUGAGUGCCUUUUGCAUUCACCACUGGUCGAUGGCAGUAAUGGCAAUGUUUUCACUCUUGCUGAAAAUGACAUACCUGAUACUUGAAGCACUGAAAUUCAAAAGCUCUGCAUUCAAUUUUCAUAUAAUUUUCCCAGUCAUGGUAGAUGGUAUCACUCUGGUUGCUCUAUCAUUUUCUCCAAGAUUACUAAAGAAAGAGAUGUUGAAUUACCAAGAAAAUGAAGAGAUCUUGAAACUGUGCAAUGGUAAACCCAUCUACCUACCACCAAAGAAGAAACGUACCUGAAUGAGUCCAACUAAAACUAAAUAAUCUAGUCAACAUCAUGUGAUAACCGUCAGAUGAUUGUGUAAUGGAAGCGUGUUUUAACCGUU